AUGGAGGAAAUUUUGAAGAACAUUUAUUCUGAUCCUGAUUCGUUUGUUGUGGAGAAUAACGGCAUCCGAGGUGGGGAUACUGUUGUGGACGGUGGUGAUGCUGGUGGAGGAAUGAGAAAUGGGAGCGGGGGUGGAGAUGGGGAUGGGAAUAAGACGGUGGAUGAGGUGUGGAGGGAGAUUGUUGUUGGAGGUGGAAAUGGAGGUGAGGAGCCGGCGAUGACUUUGGAGGAUUUUCUGACGAAGGCGGGGGCGGUGAGUGAGGAGGAUGUAAGGGUUCCGGUGGAGACCAUGGGACCUCCUCCUCCUCCUGUUCUGCCUGCCACGGCGGCGUUUGUCGUGGAUGCGACGGUGAAUUCUGUGGUGGGUGUGGAGGCUGCAGGGCACUUUGCUCCUUCCGUGUGCAUGCAGAAUGGAUCAACAGGCGGAGGGUAUGGGGUGGAGUUUGGAAAUGGAAUGGUGGCUGUGGGACGGAGUGGCGGCGUCAGUGGCAGAGGGAAACGUAGAGCUGCAGUAGAAGAGGUUGUGCUCGAUAAGGCCACUCAGCAGAAGCAGAGGAGAAUGAUAAAAAACAGAGAGUCUGCUGCCAGGUCCAGGGAACGGAAGCAGGCUUAUACUGUGGAGUUGGAGACAUUGGUGACACAACUAGAGGAGGAAAAGGCUAGGCUUUUGAGAGAAGAGGCUGAGCAGAACAGGAAGAGGUAUAAACAGCUCAUGGAGAACUUGAUUCCAGUGGUAGAGGGGAAGAGAUCUCCAAGGGUUCUGAGGAGAGUGCGUUCCAUGAACUUUAAUGUCGCUGGAAGACAUUCUGAUCCGGGAAAAAGAUCUGGUUGGAUAUCGAUUUGA